AUGACUUCUCAGCAAAAUCAUCCCCUCAACAGCUCAGGCAUAUCGUAUGGAACACAUCAGCAGGAUAUUUGGGCACCUCAGUCAAUAAAUCAUACUUUCAGUGCUGAAGAUGACAUGUUACGCACCGGGAUACCAAGCCAGAAUUUGUCUUCCGCCCCACCGAACAGAGAAGCGUCUCCUAUUGGACGACCUAUGUAUCUGUCUUCCGGGCCUUUAGCAGGACGUACAGUGCGCAUGGAGAUACAGGAAAUUCAGCAAGCGGAACUGGGUAGAAGAUACGGCAAGAUUGAUCGCAGACCAAUUGACCCGCCUCCUGUAGUCCUUCUUAGAAUAUUUGAGGUGCGCAAUGCGGGAACCAACAGACAACAGGAAAGGGAAUUAGAAUACGAUACUCCAUUGACAAUCGGACUCAUUUGCACUGUGGAUCUUUUCCCGGUUCCACGGCCAGGAGAGUCGUCGAUUAAUCACACCUUGGAGAACCCAACUCUCUCGGAGGGCACUUUUGGAUUUGAUUCACCUAGCCUCAUGCAGUCAAGUUCAAACGACUCACGCAUCAUGUACGGGCUGCAUCAUGGCUCAGAUUACCGUGCAGAUCCCGGGGUUCCCAGCCACGCCGACGAGGUACUUCACUAUAUAAAUGGAUACCCCAUCACAGAGAGAUCGAAACAAACUCAAGCACUUGCUGGAAAUACAUUUGUCCAACCUAUUUUGGCAGAAUAUGGCGGCCGUGAUUCACUACUGUUUGUGUUCAAUGACUUAUCAGUCAAGCUCGAAGGCUACUUCAUUCUUCGGUAUCGAGUCUUUGACAUAUACUCUCAGGAGUAUGUUGGUGAUACAACUACCCGUUCUGUAAUGUCCGAGUGUUAUGGUGGAAUAUUUCGCAUGUAUCCUUCAAAGACUUUCCCGGGUCUGCCGCCCUCCACAGAAUUAACCAAGCACCUAGCAAGGUAUAACGGAACACGAGUGAACGUUCGUAACGAAGAGCGUCAUAGGAGAUUGUAG